AUGGUGUUGGUGGUAUCUAGUGCUAUAUGCUUGAUUGUACUAAAUAUCAUCGAUCUAACUGAUGCAUCUAACAAAAAAGGUGUGGGAAUAGUGAGAAGUAAAAAUUACCGGUGUUCAGAUGAAUCCACCUUUAAUAAUGUUCAUUGGUGGUACGACUGGCAACAAUCACCUGAUCGUAUGCAUCUUCGCCACCACUGUCCGUUAAAUGUUAGAUCCGGGUAUGUACCGAUGGUAAACGGCAAAAACUUCGAAAGAGGAAUACAUGUUUCUAACGAUUCACAUUAUCUUCUUGGGUUUAAUGAGCCUGAUCAUCAUGAGCAGUCAAAUCUAACAAUAGCACAAGCUACCGUCAUGUGGAAAGAAUUGGAAAAGCAUUCCGCAGGAAAAAUUUUGGUAAGUCCUGCCGUUACCGAUCUAAACUGGUUACAGCAAUUUUUACAAAAUUGCCAUAAUUGCAGAGUUGACCACGUGGCAGUACAUAUUUAUAGAUGUGAUGCCCACCAAAUAAUGGCAUUUCUUAAGCAAGCAUGGGAUAGAUUCCAUAAACCAAUAUGGCUGACCGAAUUUUCCUGCCCACAUACUACAUCAGAAAAUGAUCAGCUUCGAAUGAUGAGAGAGAUUCUGCCACUUUUGGAGUCUGCGCCGUAUGUUUUUCGUUACGCAUGGUUUGCUAGUAGAUGGUUAAAACAUGCAAGUGAUGGCGCUUGGGUAGAUAUAUCAGCAACUCUGAUUAAGGAAAAUACUUCAGAACUUUCAGCACUUGGACAUUAUUAUAAUAACUUUAUGCAUUAA